UCUGUCAGUGUCAGAGCGAGAUUUGUCAUCAUUUUGUAAUAUUCAAUUUUCCGGAUAUUUUAUAAUUUAUUUGUUCCACAUAGAAAAACUCUUUUACUAUUACAUUUUGAAUCCAUAAAAUGGCAAAUCCAAAAUAUGCUGACUUACCUGGAAUAGCCCACGAUGAGCCUGAUGUCUACGAAACAUCUGAUCUUCCUGAAUCAGAGCAAUCAGUUGACACCUUUGAGGAGGAAAAUGAUCCCAUUGAAAGGAUUCACAUUUCAGCAGACGACGCCUUCAAUAAGUUCAAAGGAAAGUAUCUAGGAUCAGAGAAUGUUGAUUUUUCAUCAAAAAUAAGCAAAAAACAUCGAGCUGGCUAUGAUGCGAGAAGUGGUGAUUGGGAAUUAGUUGGAUCUGGUGAAGAAGAAACCUUAAUACAAAAGUACAAUAGAUUGCAGUGCGAACUGAAAGAGGUUCUAGAAGAAGUUAAUAAUAUCAAAAACAAUCCUAAAGAAACCCAAGAGAAUUGUCUGGUGUCGAGUCAAAAAGUGGAGCAAUCCUUAAAACAACUAGCGGACUUGAAGUUAGAAGAAACUUUGGGUGAAGGGAUCAUUCAGAAAAUAUCUGAUCCACAAGGGACACAAAUUCAGAAACUUCUAUCCCAGUUAGAAAAAUUCAAGGCAACUAUUAAUGAAAAACCAGAAUCUGAAUUGAAAGGUGAUGGUUCUGGCAUAGUUUACCAGUUCAACUAUAGACCAGAACAAGCUAAAUUGGCACAAUCAACAAGACUAGCCGACUUGGAGGCCAGACUUCACAGAAUUGAAAAUGUUGUAGGAUCACCUAGUGAUAAGUUAGCUAGAUUGACAGCUGGAAACUCUAAAAGUAGUUUAUAUGAAUGGGCUGAACACUUGAGUGCUACAGCAAGUCUUUUAGACUCUGCUCAAUUGGAUCACAUUGAAGGCAGACUAGGAGCGCUGGCGCAAAAGCUGGAGAGUAUCGCAGAAAAAAAGAAAGAGGUACAGCCAGAUGAAGAGAAAGACAGCAUGAUUUUGGAGCUCUAUGAUCUGGUAAAAAAUACAGAAGGUAUUACACAGUUGCUUCCACAAACUAUAGAACGACUAAAAUCUUUGGAGCAGUUACAUAAUAAAGCUGCCGAUUUUGCUAAGACUCUGACCCAAAUAGAAGUAACACAGGCAGAAAUGAUGAGCAACGUGCAGAACAACAAAAUGCUUUUGCAGGGCGUUCAAGAAAGUUUUGCAGUGAAUCUUAAUGAAAUUAACGCUACAGUAGUUAGUUUAGAUGCUAGAAUUAAAGCUCUCAAAAAUAAAUAAAUUUUUAAAUUACUAACUAAAUUAAUUACAAGAAAAGAAUAUGCCUAGACUUUUUUAUUUUGAUUGUGUUUUUUGGUAUUCAGUGAAAUUGUUGAAAGGUAUUUUGUAUGUAUGUAUACUUCCAUUUCAAUAUUCUUGGUGAGUAUUUUUCGUUUUGAAUAUGUUUCAGACUGUCUUUUCUGUCAAUUUUUUAUAGGACUUUUAUUUGUUCUGUAGAUUUUCUGUGUAAGACUAUAAUUUAUGGGCAUAUGCAUCACAUUGUAUGAUUUUUUUCUCCUCCUUAGAACUACAGUGACCUACAAAACACUCUAGCACACAUACUAUAUCCCCUACAUCCUCUGUAUCCAAACUGCCUUGUUUCUCACUUUUCUUUCCAUGUAUUCCACUAAAUUAGAGAACAUACUGUGUUUCCCUCCUAAACACUUAACAGACUUAAGACUUCUUUACAAUUUCCAUAAGUUUUUUUUUAAUUGUAACAUAUAAGCGGAUUUUUUUACAAAAAUCUUUAGUCUGCAUCUGGUACACCUAGAAUUAUUUCUUUACUACUACACUCAAGCUUUUUAGCAUCUCAACGUCUGCUAGUAAGCAUCAUUGAAUGCGCUAACCUACAUGCUUUGUUUUCUACUCAUUUUCUACGCUUUUCAGCCAUUUUUAUUAGCUACAAUGAAUGUUGACAGCUGUCAACAAAAAUCCUUAAAAGGUAUAAUACUAUUAAUUAUUUGUGAAUCACACUGUACAUUUAUCGGUGAAAGCAAAAAUCACAAUUAAAAUCGGAAUAUAUCUUCUAAAGGUAAUAUUGUCACAUUAUAAUCCUGUCCAGAAAUUUUUAACUAUACUCGUAUUAUAAAACUGUCUUUGAGACAAGCAAAUUCCUUGAUGGCAAUUUAGAACUUUUUUAUAUAACAUAAUGUUUAAUCUAAAAUAAUAAUAGUUUUUAUGUUGUGGUGAUUUAUAUUUAUUUUGUUGUCUUUUAACGCUAGUAAAUUAUUUACACAAAUUAAA